CUGAAAUCGACUUUUGACUUGUAGGAAGGCUGGUCACGGUGGCAAAUCAAACAGGCCUAGCUAGUUAUUGUGAAUUCCAACCGGAAAAAUGGGCCAGCUCAUGAACAGUGAAAUCCGACCAAGUCUAAAAAUGGCCAAACAGCUGCAUCGGAAUCUGAAAGAGAUGAGCAAGGAGGCUUUUAUUGAGCUCAAGGAAAGCGAGGAUAUACAACACGACAACGUCACCUGGAAGAAGUUUGAAUUGUCGCUCCUUGACUACCAGAUCCGAGUUUCGAUCGACGGGAGCCAACGAGACUUCCUCGUAUCAAGAACAUGGCGUGAAUCGAUCACGGAGUUUCGUCACUGGUGGAUGAAGCUCCUGGACAGCACUGGAUUCAUAGCGGAUGAGAAAAAAGACGCCUUCACAAAACAGGCUAGUGCUUUAAGGUUCAGCGUAUCAUGGGAAAACCCGUAUCUGAACUUGACCUACCUGAAUCAAGAUGAGUCUGAUACAUCGGCUCUUGAUGCCGGGCCGAACUUGGAUGCAGAUACGGUUUCACCUGUCGAGGAAGCGGACGCGAGCGACUCAGAACCCUUGGGUGAACUAUCUGAUUCGGAUACACCUAGACCUAGGCGUAGGCCUAUACCUCGGGGGAACCGCCGUCUCUUACCGGCACCCCGUAGAUCCCAGAUUACUAUAACUGUAGACAAUUCUGAGUCCCAAGGGGAAGACGGUACCGAGCAAAGAUCGUCUUCUGCUUCGUCGCUGUCCGCCUCAAGUUCGUCGGGAGCAUCGGAAGAGCUCUCUCGUAGUACAACGUCCAUCUUUGAAGCAGCCAGACGCUUCGACGGGAUAUCAUCGUCAUCUAGAUCCGAUGGACGGAUGGCGUACUCAGACUGGCGCGCCACGCUUGCAGUGCAAACAAGGUAG